ACAACAAUAAUAGCUUCUAGACCUCACCGUCGCUUUUCGGAAAUGUAAUCCAUCCACCUAAACUUCCGCUGGACUCCGCCCUGCUCUCCUCCCAUCAACAACAACCCCGCCUCUUACGCCCCCGCUCCACCCCGGUCGACCUCAUCUGUAGACCACACAAUCAUGUUCACCACCUCCUCGGCGGGCAAGAAGCGCUCCCGCGUCGACGACGAUGAAACAACCCUUCAAUCCUUCAGUUCCCCUCUUGAAAAGCGCUCCCGCCCAACCGCGAAUGCUUCAGGAGCUCCCUCGCCCUGGCUCCACCGCUACCACGACUCCGUCCUCUCAACUCCAACUCUCUCCCGCUCCUCAACCCUCGGCAUCCCCCGCUCCCCUCCAAAAUACGACUCCGAGGAUGAUGAGAAUUCCUCCGAGAUCUCGGAACCAGUAGCAGUCUCCCUCGCACCCGCCAAACGACCCGCGUUCCCACACCCAUCUUCCCUCUGCGUACGAAAUCCACCACCACCACCAGUCCAAGCGGAGUGAGAUCACACGUCCGCCAACGACAUCCGCAAGAAAUCAGCCACGCCCCUUCCUCUCAAGACCCUCCCACCAAAAGCACAUCUCACCUCUCCGUCCCGAGCCCGAUUUUGGAGUCCGCCGACUUCCCCACCCCACCUCCCUCCGCGGCCGAAGCGGCGGGUAGUCAAUUGAGUCAGCUGAGCGUGAGUGAUGUCGACAUGCUCGAUCCCGGGGUUCCAGCCAUCGCGAUUGAACGCGUGGGAUCGCCGGAGUUUGCGGGCAGGGUACAUGGACUUGCGGUGGGAGGGGGUGAGCAAGGAGGGAU